CAGAGAGAGAGAGGGAUGGAAUGAAACAAGUUUUGAAUACAAAUGAGCUUCUCUCUAGUGGCACAGAUACCACACAUCCCCUCUCUCUCUCUUACUCACACACGAAUACACAAUCUUCAACACACGCUGCCUCUCGGUCUGUAUUGGAAGACAGCGCAGCACAUGCAGUAAUUCCCGCCACUUAAUUGAUUAACUGCUUAUUUGAAGUGGCUAAUUAGAUGGGGAGUGUGUCGAGUGUGUGAGGAGGGCUGGGGAGUCGCUAGCACGCUUUAUCUCCGUGCGCGCGUGUGUGAAUGUCUGUCUGAGGAGCUCCGGUACCUCACUUCACUCUGGAGCAGGAGGAGGAGAGAAGAAGAGAAGAGAUAGAGAGGCAGCUGGGUGGGGAGAUUUUCACAGCACUCUCCCUCAUCUGACAUGGCCUCCGCGUAGGAAUCUAGUGCCACUGCAACAGAGGAGCUAGGCAGCAGCGAGGUGUCUAAGGUGUGAGGAGAGAGAGAGUGCUGGAGAGAGGACAGGAGAGAGAGAACGAGAGAAUGAUGGCAGCGGAGGAGGAGAAGCCAGGUUUGAAGAGCAGCAGCUCCAUCGUUCCCUGCUUCUUGUUUGUUGAGCUGGUGAUCAUGGCAGGGACGGUUCUCCUGGCGUACUACUUUGAGUACACAGACACGUUCCCCGUGCACAUCCAGGGCUUCUUCUGCUACGACAAGACGUUCUCCAAGCCCUACCCCGGCCCGGAUGACACCAGCAAGAUACCCCCACUGCUGGUCUACUCACUGGUUACAGGCAUCCCCUGCUUCACGAUCCUGGUAGGGGAGCUGGUGGCAUUCUUUCUGAAGGCUGAGGGGACGCAAGAGAAGACCAUAGUGACAGCAGACUGCUGCUACUUCAACCCCCUGCUGCGACGCAUCGUCCGCUUCCUAGGGGUGUUCUCCUUCGGCCUGUUCACCACCACCAUCUUUGCCAACGCGGGUCAGGCGGUUACAGGAAACCAGACGCCUCACUUCCUGUCUGCCUGCCGGCCUAACUACACGGCCCUGGGGUGCACAUCCAACAUGCAAUACAUCACCCAGCCCCGUGCCUGCACUGGAAACCCCCUGGUAGUGGCAUCCGCACGCAAAUCCUUCCCCUCCAAGGACGCAGCCCUCAGUGUCUACUCUGCAGUCUACACUGUGAUGUAUGUGACGCUGGUAUUCCGGACCAAAGGCACUCGGCUGACCAAGCCUACGGUCAGCCUGACCCUGCUAUGCCUGGCCAUGCUGGUGGGAGUGGUCAAGGUGGCAGAGUACCGCAACCACUGGGCCGACGUCCUGGCCGGCUUCUUCACUGGAGGAGCCAUCGCUGUGUUUCUGGUGACGUGUGUGAUCAACAACUUCCAGCAGACGAGGCCCCCUCCCCCUCCCCCGCGGCCACAUCGCCCUGAGUCGGUGCUAGGCAUGCCCAUGGUGGCUCUGCCAUGUGUGGAGAGUCCUCUCGAAAAGUUAAGUGGAACUCAGCAUCCUGCACUCUCCUCCUCCUGCCCUCCCUACCAUCCCUACGUUCACCAGCCAUUCUGACCAACUUUUGAUCUGUUUCUCUUGCUCCUCACUCGUUUUUCUUUUUUUCAUCACUCUUUCCGCCCCAUCUUUCUCUCUCUGUCUCUUCUUCCUCCCUCUCUUCUUCUCUGUCCCUCCCUUUCUCUUUUUCACUCCUCUCUCUCCCCUGCAGACUCAGAGGGGGUCUCCUUUCACAGAGAUCACAUGACCAUCAGCCGUAUCGGUUCCCCGCCACCCCAGAUGUCCUCAUUCCGUCUCGCUCCAUUUCCAGCGAAGUCUAGACCAGCCACACGAACAUGAACACUCACACGAACACCACUGCGCCGCCCACCCAGCAGGCCGCUACUCCACCCUCUACAGAUCCUACUCCACGCAGGUCUAGACUUUCAAAACACACGCACACAAACACAACACACACAGCAUACUCAGACCUCUACAAACCUCCCCCUAACCUUGUCCAAGCCCAAACCCCUGGGGGAACUGAGAGCUCUCAAAGUGAGACUCACAAAGACUUAACAGCUGUCCAGCUGAACAUUCAGUACAGUGUCAGGUACAGUUAUGCCUCUUUCAUUUUGUUGUUUUCAGAGGCUUCUUUUUUGUUUUGCAGACUUGUUUUUGAAUGUGCUUCAUUGUGUGAAGUACACAUCUCACUGAUAUCACAAGGUGAUGUUUCAUCUUCUACGUGCUUGUAAGGAGAAACUGUCAAUCCAUUUGACAACUGUGUACUUUUGUGUUUUCAACUGUCUGCAAUGCAGCCAGUCAUCCUGAAACACUUCAGUCAUUUGUGUCUCUGUACACUUUUAAGAUGAACCCAAACAACCGCUGAAUGAGCGCUCUCUGCUGGCUUUAGGGCUCAUUUUCAGUAUCCUAGAAUGCGCCAGUCAUCAAAUAUCUCAAGUGAACAAAUGUUUACGGACCAAUCACUUUCUGUAGCAACUGUGGUACUUAAUUACUGUACCUUCCAAAUACAGCAUAGAGACAACACACACAGAUCAGGAUCCUGGUAGGUCUACACGCACCGCAUUAGCUCUCUGGCAGACCUCUCUUCAGCUCUGCAUGACAUUACCCAGAUCAAAGGAUUCUGUUCAUAUCACUGAGGAGAAGACAAUACAAGAACAAACAGGAUGAAACUGCAGACGGUUUAUUUUUCUCCGCUUUCGAUUGGUUGCUUCUGCAGCAAGUCA